AUGUCCAACAUAUCUGCGAAUGUUACCAGAUUGAAGUUUAUGCAGUCGGGGAAAGCCAAGGAGGAGAAGAAGCUUGACAACUGGUCACGCGUAUUUCUCGUUGAGCCGGAAUGGUGCAGCCUUUCGCGGGAGGAAUUCAACGCCAUUCCCGAGGAGCAACUCCCUGUGUCUUUUAAGGAGAGUUUCUCUUGUGAUAAAAUAUUAGUCUCUGCUCAGUAUCGCCGCAGCUAUAAAGGUUGCAAUCCUCCGAUCGAAAAACAUCAAAAAGUCAUUCGCAACAUGCAGAAGAAAAUGGCAGCAGAGGAUGACACUCCCUCCGCCGCUCCGGAGAACGAUCAGUAA